AUGAUAUCCGUGCGGCAAUCAGCGACGAUCCCGGCCCUGCCGUCACUCACGAUCGCCGUCCCCCGGCUGCCGUGGCUCGUCGUCGCGCAUGCGUCGUCGCUGGCGCUUGGUGUCAGCGUGAUGGACGUUUUGUCUGCAAUAUCCCGUGAUCUUGGGAUGCUGGUCUCGCGUAGGGAGUGGGAGGAAGAAGUUCUCGGAAAUUCUCUCCGUUGGCGCUCGGGGAAGGGGACGAAGCCACGGCCCUGGCAGCUCGGGAUGACCCGCUUGGACUUGCUGGAGGGAUAUACCCGCUUCGGUGGACUUGUCCAGAAGGACGAUGGUUCUGUGGGAUUCGAUGGCGCUGUUUGGCUCCUGAAUCUUUGUUAA